GCGAUUUCAGUGACCACAGUCGUAUCCAUUUGUAUCCUCACUGUUCCGUUUCUCCGUGUGUUGCUCCUGUGGAGGCACAUGAAUGUCUAUUCGCCUCCUACAAAGUCAUACUGUAACUUCUGGGAAAGAAAUGAUCAGCGCGUCUCUUCGAUAAUUUGACCCUGAACUCGCUUCCCACAGGCAGCGCCCUUUCGCCACUUUCAUAAAUAGUUCUUCCUCGAAUUGGAGAGCCCCGGUGAUGUCCUGUCUACAUGACACAUUUCACUAUCAGACUUCCACGUUGUAUUGACACAUACAGGUGCGACGACGACCAUCAUAACCCCCGAACCCUUGCGCAACCGAUUAUCGAGGCACGAACAUCCAGCGCUAGCCCCAGAACUCGCAAUUACCUUGGCCACGUGCCAGUUUUUGAGCACCUGUUGAGUUGCCCUGGACAUGCCUGUGAUCACAGAGGCAGAGACGGAAGAUCGAAGGUGGUGGACUAUCGAAAGGCAUCGCCCUACUUCGAACCCUACACAGUUAAUUAUUACAGUGGCCUCCAGGCACGAGCGCUCAGCGCUUACCUCGGAACUUGCCUGGGUCAUGCGCCAGUUUUCAGCGCCCGUCGAGCUACCCUGGACAUGCCUGUGAUCGCGGGGGCAGAGAUAGAAGGUAGAAGCGCAGGUGAUAGACCAUCGAAAUGGCAUAGCCCUUAUUCGGUGCUAUGGAAAGCGAUUAUGGUAAGUGUAAUUCCCUGUCUGUACUGUUUGGUUGGUUUGAUUAUAGUGGCCUCGAGGUACGAGCGCUUAGUGCUCGCUCUUAAACAUGGCAUGACAUGCAAAGUAAAGAGGUGAAUAGUCAGCCAUACGAGGGUGAGAGUGCACAACAAGAAAGGGGAACAUUAUAACAUGGACAACGAGUACAAUAUGCAGUACAGUGGUAUGUUUUUUGUGCAUUAUGUCACUCAGCAGGUUUCUGAGGUCUCGCCAUUACGUUUGAUGGCCGUGACUCUCGG